CUUAAGUCUUCAAUGCCAAGCUCGUAUCGUAGUUGAAGUUGCGUUUUGUUGUUUCGGUGUUUUUACUUAAUAAUACUUAAACGCGCAGCUCAAAACAGUUACUCUCGAAGUUUUAGGAGAAACAAAAUCUAUUAUUACUCCGUCUUUGCAAGUUCAAAGAGAUCAGCAACGCGUUGAAAAAGAGACGACUCAAAAAUGGCAUUCACCUUCGCAGCGUUUUCCUACAUCAUUGCACUCAUCGCAGAUGCUUUCCUCAUAUUUUUCGCCAUAUUCCACGUGAUUGCUUUUGACGAGCUCAAAACCGACUACAAAAACCCUAUUGACCAGUGCAACAGCCUGAAUCCAUUAGUGCUACCGGAAUACUUGCUUCAUAUUCUUUUCAACAUCCUCUUCUUAGUGUCUGGAGAGUGGUUCUCACUGGUUCUGAACAUGCCAAUGAUUGCGUACAAUAUUAACAGGUACAGAACGAGGCCAGUGAUGUCGGGCCCUGGGCUCUAUGAUCCAACAAGCAUCAUGAACUCUGACACACUAACCAAAUGCCAGCGCGAAGGGUGGAUAAAGCUUGCCUUCUACCUCAUUUCGUUCUUCUACUAUCUCUAUGGGAUGAUCUAUUCCCUUAUUUCGGCCUAAAAGGACUCAACCGACUGGAUGUUUUUAGUCUUCUUAAUGUGGCACCAAAGGACAGCCUUGAAUCAGUUGCAACUGCCCAAACAACGAAAAAAGGUGGCAACAAGGACUGACGUUACAAUAUAAAGACAAGCAUCUCAUAUUGAGAAGCGAGUUAUCACCUUUUGUUUCACGGAGUAUUCUGCCUUUUAAUUUAUUUAUGUUGGUUAUGUUUUGUUGCUGAAGUUUCUUAACAUCAAAUCGUAUAAAUUGGAAAUGUUCUGAAUGUUUUCAUUUUUUUGAAUAAGUGGAAUAAAACUAGAAAGAUCUAAAGCG